GCCGCCGCUCAAUGCUGCGGGAGCCGCGCACCUCGGGCUGCGGGAGCGCUGCGCGCCGGGCACGCCCGCGCCUUCCCCGCACAGUAGGAAGGUGAUGAGCACAUCAUCCUCUGAGUGCAGUCCUGGAGUUGUCCUGGGUCUUUCCUGAUAUUUGGACUCUCCACCUGAAUCUCUAUGUGAGAACAGCUUUGGGAGAACGUCCUUCCAACAGGUAUUGGAAAUUUGACUGAAGGCUACAUAUCAUGCACUGGAGAAGAUUAAAGCUUGCCUGAGGUUUCCAAGGAGCCCUGCUCUGCUCUGUGAUUCCUGGGCUGGUCUCUGCCCCUGGAGCUGAAGAUGAGGUUGCUAUGGGAGCUGCUGGUGCUGCACUCGGUCCUGCUGUGCCUGGCAGAUGACAACACCCUGCACGGGCCAGUUUUCCUCCAGGAGCCCAACAGCCUCAUCUUCCCCUUGGACUCGGAGGAGAAGAAAGUGAAGCUGAGCUGUGAAGUGAAAGGGAACCCCAGACCAACCAUUGGGUGGAGGUUGAAUGGCAGCAGCAUUGAGGUGGGCAGGGAUUAUCGCUACAGCCUGCUGGAGGGCAGCCUGCUGAUCAGCAGCCCCAGCAAGAGCCAGGAUGCUGGCACCUACCAGUGCGUGGCAACAAACCCCUUCGGCACCAUCGUCAGCAGGGAGGCACAGCUGCAGUUUGCCUACCUCGAGAGCUUCAGGACGCGGACGAGGAGCACGGUGUCGGUGCGCCAGGGCCAGGGCAUGGUGCUGCUCUGCGGGCCCCCGCCCCACGCCGGAGAGCUCACCUACGCCUGGAUCUUCAACGAGUACCCGUCGUUCGUGCAGCAGGACAGCCGGCGCUUCGUGUCGCAGGAGACGGGCAACCUGUACAUCGCCAAGGUGGAGAGCUCGGACGUGGGUAACUACACCUGCGUGGUGACCAACACCGUGACCAACAGCCGCGUGCUGGGGCCGCCCACGCCGCUGGUGCUCAGGAACGACGGGGUGAUGGGAGAGUAUGAGCCCAAAAUAGAAGUGCAGUUCCCAGAAACAGUUCCAUCUGCAAAAGGAACCACGGUGAAACUGGAGUGCUUUGCCUUGGGCAACCCAGUGCCCAGCAUCAGCUGGAGGAGGGCGGACGGGCAGCAGCUGCCGCGGAAGGCGCGGCGCCUCCGCUCCAGCGGCCUCCUGGAGAUCCCCAACUUCCAGCAGGAGGAUGCCGGCCCCUACGAGUGCGUGGCUGAAAAUGUGAGAGGGAGGAACGUGGCACGAGGGCAGCUGACCUUUUAUGCCCAGCCCAGCUGGACCCAGCGCAUCGGGGACGUGCGCGCGGCCCUGGAGGAGCGCGUGGCCUGGGAGUGCCGCGCCAGCGGCCGCCCCAAGCCCUCCUACCGCUGGCUCAAGGAUGGGGAGCCCCUGCUGCCACAGGGCAGGGUGCAGCUGGAGCAGGGCUCCCUCACCAUUGCCAACGUCAGCCUGUCGGACGCGGGGAUGUACCAGUGCGUGGCCGAGAACCGGCACGGCGCCAUCCUGGCCAGCGCGGAGCUCAGCGUGGUCGCCAUUGGCCCAGACUUUUCCAAAACUCUGCUGAAGAAGUUAACUCUUGUCAAAGUGGGUGGUGAAGUCAUCAUUGAGUGCAAGCCCAAAGCCUCCCCCAGACCUACUUAUUCUUGGAAGAAAGGAAAAGACAUCCUGAGAGAAAAUGAGAGAAUCACAGUGCUGGACGACGGGAGCCUGCGCAUCGUCAACGUCACCAAAUCGGACGCGGGGAGCUACACCUGCGUGGCCACCAACCACUUUGGGACAGCCAGCAGCACGGGCAGCCUGCUGGUCAAAGAUCCAACCCGGGUCAUGGUGUCCCCUUUCAGCAUGGAUGUCACAGUUGGGGAGAGCAUUGUCCUGCCUUGCCAGGUGUCCCACGACCACUCCCUGGACAUUGUGUUCACCUGGACGUUCAACGGGCACCUGAUAGACUUUGAGAAGGAUGGGGAUCACUUUGAAAGGGUGGGAGGACAGGAUUCAGCUGGUGAUUUGAUGAUCAGGAGCAUCCAGCUGAAGCACGCAGGGAAAUACGUCUGCAUGGUGCAAACAAGUGUGGACAAGCUCUCAGCUGCUGCAGACCUGAUUGUAAGAGGUCCCCCGGGUCCCCCUGAGGCUGUGACCAUCGAUGAGGUCACUGACACCACAGCCCAGCUGUCCUGGAGGCCGGGGGCAGACAACCACAGCCCAAUCACCAUGUACGUGGUGCAGGCACGCACGCCCUUCUCGGUGGGCUGGCAGGCAGUGAGCACAGUGCCCGAGGUCAUCGACGGCAGGACGCUGACAGCCACGGUGGUGGGGCUGAACCCCUGGGUGGAGUACGAGUUCCGAGUGGUGGCUGCCAACCUGAUCGGCAUCGGGGAGCCCAGCAGCGCCUCGGAGAGGAGGAGGACGGAGGAAGCUCUCCCUGAGGUGACCCCAGCUAAUGUCAGUGGAGGUGGAGGCAGCAAGUCUGAGCUGGUCAUUACCUGGGAGACGGUGCCCGAGGAGCUGCAGAACGGGGGCGGCUUUGGCUACGUGGUGGCGUUCCGGCCGCUGGGCACGGUCAGCUGGAUGCAGACGGUGGUGGCCUCGGCCGACGCCGCGCGCUACGUGUUCCGCAACGAGAGCCUGCCGCCCUUCUCGCCCUACGAGGUCAAGGUGGGCGUCUACAACAACAAGGGCGAGGGCUCCUUCAGCCCCGUCACCGUCGUCUACUCGGCGGAGGAAGAGCCAACGAGAGCCCCAACCACUGUUUUGGCAAGAAGCCUUUCUGCCUCAGACGUCGAAGUUUCUUGGGCUCCCCCGUGGGAGAACCAGCACAAAGGAAGAAUACAGGGAUAUGAGGUGCGCUGCUGGCGGCACGACGAGAAGGAGGAGAACGCCAGGAGGAUCCGCACGGUGGGGAACCAAACUUCCACCAGGGUCAGCAACCUGCGGGGCAAUGCCCUCUACCACCUGGCAGUCAGGGCGUACAACACGGCCGGCACCGGCCCCUCCAGCGCCGCCGUCAACGUCACCACCAAAAAGCCACCACCGAGUCAGCCCCCCGGGAACAUCGUGUGGAAUUCCUCCGACUCCAAGAUCAUCCUGAACUGGGACCAGGUGAAAGCCUUGGACAACGAGUCAGAAGUGAGAGGCUACAAAGUUUUGUACAGGUGGAACACGCAGGGCAGCACGUCUGUCAUAGAGACGAACAAAACCUCCGUGGAGCUGUCCCUGCCCUUUGAGGAGGAUUACAUCAUCGAGAUCAAACCCUUCAGCGACGGCGGCGACGGCAGCAGCAGCGAGCAAAUCCGAAUCCCAAAGAUAUCCAAUGCCUACGCCAGGGGCUCGGGCUCGUCGACCUCCAGCGCCUGCACCCUGUCAGCCCUCAGCACAAUCAUGAUCUCCCUCACAGCCCGCUCCAGUUUAUGACAACAAUGACACCCAGGACUUCUUCUUUAUAAUAUAAGCAACAUUUAGCUAGUUGUUUUGGAGACACCCAGUACUAAGUAAUAUUGUGGUCUGAGUACAUCUUACUACUGGAAAAAAAAAAAAAUGUUUAUGCUUCUUUAGGAAUGGCAUUAUACAGUACUUCCUCAAAGCAAAUAUAGCUUUGUCUGAAGUUUCCUUGGAAACUCUGCAAUGCACUGAAAACAUCUGUAAUAUGAUGUUACCAAAGCAGUUUACAUAUGUCCUUAUAUGCAUAUUUUUUAUUAUAUAUUUAGUGUUUUAUAGAAUUUUUUAAAGUUAACAUAUGAUGUAGAUAUUAAUUUUUUUCCUCUGCUAUAAAAUGCUACGGACGACAUUAUCACGAAAAUAUUGUUUGGGAUUUUUUCCUUUCCGACAGAGAGUUCCAAGUUGUUCUUGGCAAAUUGGAGUUGACUGUAGAGUUUUACAGGGCAGAACUGAUCCAGACCCGGAUUGUAACAGGCUGAGUUCCACUGGCAGCUCCUGUGCUGAGCCCAGUGCUUGUCACACACCUUGUACCCAGAGCUCUGAGCAGGACAAACUCCACACACUCCAAAAAGCAGAAUUUUGGAAAACCACGUGGUUUUUUGGUUGGUUGUGGACUACAGGACACGUAGCCAACAUUCCAGCAUGGUGCAGCGAGGAGGGAAUUGCUUUGUGUUGAUCAUAAUUAGCAGCAAAUUGGGUGGGAAAUGAAGAUCCUGCAAAGCUGUGGCCUGUGCCUGCAGUGACACAACGGGAUGGUCCCGGUCCCACUUGGGUGUGCUCCCAGCCCAACCCUCUGGAGACCUGAAUCCAAGGAAAUCCCUCACGUUUGGGAUGAAUUCCAAGGAAAUCAGAACACUCUGAGCUGCUCUGGGCUCGUUCUUGGGCCUCACUCUACUCUCCACACGACACUUGGAGCCUGGAAAAGUGGGAAAUCAGGGAAAAGUGGGAACAUCUCCAGAGAUCCCUGCUGGGAGUUUGCCUUUCCUUAGAAACUCUUCCCAGAUCUGGAGGCAGAACAGAGUCACCAGAAAACGACACUAUCCACACUGGAACCAUUCUUCUCAAGAGAAGGACUGUUUGUUACUACGGGGAAUUUUGUAAGUUCAGACGGGAUAACGCUGGAAAAGGCAACGGAAUUUUCUAUACAAUUUUCAACUUUCAAUGCGCUGCAGUGGUUUGUUUUGGUUUUGUUUUUUUUUUUCCUCUCCUGAUAGCUUGAAUUUGCCUGUAACUUGUCUUUUUUUUGCUUACAAAAUAAUACAGUUAACUUUUAGACCUUCUAAAUAUAUUUAUUCAGUAACUCAUAAUCAGGAUUCCACUUGUGUAAAAGUCAGGGGUGUUGACCAGAGAAAUAUUGUCAGUAUUUCAAGCUGUGUUCCUUUCUUAGUUUGAUAUGGUUACUUCUAUGUAAAAAAAAAUAAAAUAAGAAAAACCUUAAAAAAAAAUUUCACAAAACCAAGAAAAAUGAAAUAAAAAAAUAAAAGCUUCUGUAGUUUUCUCCCCGGUGUAAAUGAUAUUUAUCAGUGAUCUAGCAGAUGUAAUCUUUUUUUAAAGGUAUUGGUAAUAAAUAUUCUGUCAUUUGUAAAGAUA